AUACCCUUUAAUUAAAAAUCGCAGUUUAAAAAUCUCUACUGUACCCUUUUAACGCUUUAUGGAAGAAGAGAUGCAUUCCUGCAAAAUCUUUGUCUACCUUUCUAAUGAUUAAAAUUGCACUCUACAAAGGUUACUUAAAAUUUCGUUGUACUCUUAAUACUGUGCACUGUGCCUUAUACUAUUUAUAUUGUUAAUUAAUUAACUUAUUAUUGAUUUAGAGUCUAUUCUUGUUAAAUAACUCAGGGAAACCUAAUUACAGAAAAAUGUCCGUUGAAAUCUCCGAGACCGGAAGUAGCUGUCCUCUGAUGAAACUGCUCCAGUGGGAGGAUCCGGUCAAGACCGGAAGUGUGUUUGUUCCGGUAUCAUUGGUUCUAGUUUCUCUUUCCAUCUGGUCUCUAGUAUCUGUUGUUGCUUGGAGUUGCUUACUGCUCAUCCUAGCUGUUAUUCUUCUUAGAGUGUUCAAUGUUGUAAUGGUUAAACUUGGCAAACCAAAUCCGUUGGGAAACCCACUGGAGUCCCUCCUUCAGGUAGAUAUAAAGAUCACUGAUGAGACGGUUGGACAAGGGGUGAAGAUGCUGGUGAACACCUCCAACUCUGCAGUACACAAGCUCAAGAACAUCAUCCUCGUAGAGGAUAUUCUUGAAACAGUGAAGUUUGGAACCCUCUGCUAUACCCUUACUUAUAUCGGUUCCUGGUUCAAUGCGUUGACCCUUGUUCUGCUAGCCUGGGUCAUGGCGUUCCUUCUUCCCAAGCUGUACUUGAACCACCAGACUCUGAUCGACGAACUUCUUGGAAAGGUGAAAGAGCAGAUUGGAAACCUGAAGGAGAAGGUGUACAAGCAGGAAAAGCAGGCGUAGAGGGAGUUUCUGCAUGAUUCGUCACCUUAAAAGAUCUCCUUUUUUGCCAUUAAUUACAACUAUAAUUAGUUGUGAAGCCAUUCAACUUGUUUAAUAUCUACAUGAUUUUAGACUUCAAUGCAUUCCACUCAGUUGCCAUUUGAUUCCAUUUUUUCCAUGCAUGCCACAAAUUGCUUAGAAUUAUUAAAUUAUCAUAUUUAUUCAGUUAAAAUCGUCCAUACGACUAGUUGUGAUAGAUGUGAUAAAAAUAUAAGUAUUUAAUUUAGCUGUGAAAUCAAAUAUUUAUAUGUGCAA